GGCUGAGAGCGUCAUGGCUCCAACUGGAGCUUUCGAGAGCCAGAAGAACAAGGAGCAUAGAGUGCACAAGGUCGGAGGAAAAGUAACGAAGAUAAAGGAAAAGAGCAAGGUGAAAGGCAACAAUGCGAAGGCUUUCACUUUCAAAUCUGCGGUUGCCGCUGGCAAAGCGAUUAGAAGAGCGGCCGAUAUCAAUGAAAGGAAGAAGCAUAUUUUGUUCAUGGACAGGAAACCUGUCAUCCCUCCUCCAGUCAUCGUGGCUAUUGUUGGCCCCAGUAAAGUUGGAAAGACCACACUCCUUCGAGGCCUCGUGAAAUAUUACCUAAAGAGUGGUUUUGAAGAGUUGAAAGGGCCAGUGACUAUUGUGACAGGGAAGAAACGUAGAGUUCAAUUCAUCGAAGUAAAAAACGACAUCAAUCAUAUGAUUGAUAUAGCGAAAAUAGCUGAUUUGGUAUUGUUGAUGGUUGAUGCAUCGUAUGGUUUUGAAAUGGAAACUUUCGAAUUCCUUAAUAUCUGCCAAGUUCAUGGAAUGCCGCGUGUAUUAGGGAUCAUUAAUCAUUUAGAUUGUUUGAAAGGUAUAGGAAA